UCGUUAUCAACGGCGCGACCGCUUGUUACGGUCUGGACCGACAAAAAUGAGGCCUCGGGAGAUACGAUCUCUCUGCCGGCCGUUUUCAAAGCCUCAAUUCGACCAGAUAUUGUGAAUUUCGUUCAUCAGCAAGUCUCAAAGAACAGCAGACAGCCAUAUUGUGUAUCUAAGGAAGCUGGUCACCAAACCUCUGCCGAAUCAUGGGGUACCGGACGUGCUGUAGCACGUAUCCCCCGUGUUCGUGGUGGUGGUACUCACCGUUCUGGACAGGGUGCCUUUGGUAACAUGUGUAGAGGUGGUCGCAUGUUUGCUCCUACAAAACCCUGGAGACGUUGGCACCGAAAGAUCAAUGUAAACCAGAAGAGAUACGCACUGGUUUCUGCCAUUGCUGCGUCUGGUGUUCCAGCUCUGGUACAAUCCAAGGGUCAUAUGAUCCAAGAAGUUCCAGAAUUUCCCCUAGUAGUUUCUGACAAAAUCCAAGAAUAUAACAAAACAAAGCAUGCUGUUAUUUUCUUGAGACGUAUGAAGGCAUGGAACGAUAUCCAGAAGGUAUACAAAUCUCAACGUUUCCGUGCCGGUAAGGGUAAGAUGCGUAACCGCAGACGCAUCCAGCGUCGUGGACCUUUGAUCGUGUACGGUGAAGACAAGGGUAUUCGUAAGGCGUUCCGCAACAUUCCUGGCAUCGACCUCAUGAACAUCAAUAAAGUGAACCUUCUGAAAUUGGCACCCGGUGGUCACGUUGGACGCUUUGUAAUCUGGACGAAGUCCGCUUUCGACAAACUGGAUGCUCUUUACGGAACUUGGCGCAAGGAAUCGCAACUGAAAGCUAACUACAACUUGCCGUUCCCUAAGAUGGCAAACACAGACUUGUCGAGGCUUCUGAAAUCCGAGGAAAUUCGCAAAGUCCUGAGAGCGCCAAGGAAGAGGGUGGUGCGCAGCGUGAAGAAACUGAACCCAUUGUCCAACACCCGUGCAAUGUUGCGUCUGAACCCAUACGCCGCUGUACUGAAACGCGCUGCAAUUUUGACAGCGCAGAGACGUCAACAGGAGAGAGACCUUAUCCUGGCCGAGAAGCGUGGCAUCAAGCUUCCAAAGAACGCUCCCUGCGUCAAAUCGAAGUUGCUGCAAGAAAGACGCAGGAAACAGAUGUUGGCUGCCAAGUUAGCCAAACCGAAGAAGCCAGAGACCGCAAAGAAGGCGGCAACAACCGCGGCUAAGCCAACGAAAGUCCCGAAGACUAAAGCGGCGAAAGCUCCGAAGGCUAAGGCGGCGGAAACCCCGAAGACCAAGGCGGCGGAAACCUCGAAGACUAAGGCGGCGGAAACUCCGAAGGCUACAAAGCCCGCAGAGGAGCCCAAGAAAUGAAUUUUUGUCGUCGAUGCGUUGUUGACCCACUAGCUUUAUUUGUUUUCAAUAAAAGAUGGGAAGACAACUGUA